UUGUGCAAAUGCGGACGUAAGGAUAACAAAUGCUGUGAGAGCAAGCCGGCAAGCCAAGAAAAGGAAUAAUUCCGAAAAGAAAAUAUUUAAAAAGGAUAAACGCAGUAGUUAGUGUUAAGUGAAGCUUUUGCGCGUAAAGCGUGUGCGCUGUGUUAUACUUGGAGAUACGGUUAACAGUGUGGUAGCAUGCCCGACUGUUACGCGUGGCUGGCCGUGGUGUGUGUUCUGUGUGUGCUGAAUGUGGGCUGGUGCCGCGCCGCCGACGACGAUGAACAUGUGCACAUCAAAGUGCGAAUGCCGGAAGUGGCGCGGAAACAUAAAUCACGCAAACCCUCGCAGCAGCUUAGCCACCACAAGUACCACCACUUGCCACAUCACCAUUACCAUAACCUACACAAGCCAUACUAUCAGCCGCAACUACACGCCGCCCAGUAUCCAAAUCAAGCAGCCAAACAUGGCCGCAGAGCCGUAAGGCCAACCCCAGCGACGCCGCCAAUCAUGUCACACAAUCCUCACGAAAUGGCGGCUGCAUACGGCGAUGACAGCAUGGCCGAGCACCUGUUGUAUACACCAGCAGCUGCACAGCCGAUAUCUGUUGUCGAUUUGAAGAGCAACUAUGGCCCGACGUUAUUUGGCAGCGCCGGUGAGGCGAGUCAGCAUGAAAACAUACAAGAACAAGAGGACAUGUUGACUAUGCCGGGCGGCACGCAACAGCUGAUGCAACAUAUGGAAUUAAUGAGCGCUUUGGCAGCAGCGGCAGCGGCUACAUCAGGCGACACAAGCGGUGAGCAAGAAGAUGGCAAUAGCCCGGGCGGUGCUACGGAAACAAACACAUUGUUGGCGGAUGACUUUUUAGCCGAACUGCAACGUACUUAUGCGAAUGGUAAAUAUCCGACGACAAGUUUUCGGCGCAAGAAGAAAUAUCGGGGGGCGGGGCUGGCGGAAAUAGGUGAUGCUGCUGCAACAUAUGCCUUAAACUCAACGCCACAACAACAAAGUAUACAAUUAUUACAACAACAACAACAGCUACAGCUAAUGCGACAACAACAUGAACAACAAAAACAACAACUAAAACAACAACAACAACUAAAACAGCAGCAACAGCAACAACAACAUUAUAAACACCAGCCACAAUUCUAUGGCGCUAGCUACUUUCUGCAACAACAGCCCAAGCCGCAAGCGCAAAUGUUGAACGCACCACCAGUAAUUAGUAGCAACAACAACAAUAACUACCACAACUAUCAGCCGCAUAUGCAUUACAAAAACCAGCAGCACUACAACUCUAAUGACAUUUAUACUACCGCCACAUCCGAUGAAGACGAGCACGACACCGACGACGUUGAUUCUAACGAAGUUGAAGACACAAAUGACGUCGCCAGCGGUGCUGACGAUGACCACGACCAUGAACACGACUACGACAACGAUGAUGAUGUGGCGCUGUACUUUUCCAGCCGCCCACCAAUGACCACCGCGCUCUCACCCACCCCGAACGCAUACAGUAACGACGCUAAUGACUACGAUGAUGACGUGCAGCAAUUCGGUUACAAUAGCCACAAGAACAACUACUUUGCCGGCAUUGAAGGUGACGGCAAGGUAGGUGUUAAUCCGGUUAGUUAUCAGCCGACAACAGCCUAUGGAGCAUAUGCGGUCAUACCAUCGACACCAGCGACAGCGACAGCAACACAACACAAACGGCGACCAUAUCGACAGUUGCAACAGCAACAACACAGACACACGCAGCAACAGCACCGUUAUACAGCUACACAAGCAUUUGGCAUAGCGGGUCAUCAACAGUUGCAGCAACCACUACAGCUACAACAACAACUAAUCACCACAGCACAACCAAUUAACGUCGUCGUUCCAACUGCAAGUGACUUUGAUGACCAACAGACACCAGCAGCAAUACAACCGCAGCCGAGCAGGCAGCAGCAUCACAAGUACCCGGUGUCACCACGCUACAAGAAAGGCAAAAACCGCAUCAAAGGAAAGCUAAAUCGAAAUCGCAUUCUAACGCAAUAAUUGCUUUUGCUUCGGCGGCGACGAGACGCUCAGCGUACGGCAACGACUAGAAUUGUCACUGGUCAGUUGAAUAACUUCAUUUGCUGCCGUGGUGACUAACUACAUCCUCGAUACAAAUAUCGCCAACAACAACAACAACAACACACCUUUCGCUUUGGCAGUCCGAUCUUGUAGGCGUAUAAUACCGUUAGUUGUUAUUAGUGUUGAGCUAUGGUAAUUGCAACAUCGCACGACUAUUCCCAUAUUCCCUUGCUGCAGCUGCGUAUAAAUUGCUUGAACAAGUGUGUUGUGUAGAGCAGAAGCAGCAGCAGCAAUAUACACUUUUAGAUUGGUUAGCGCAGUACCAGCAGGUUAAGUGGAUUUACGGCCAGUCGGAGAGUUAACACAUUUGCGAUUAGCUUAAUUUAUUGACAUUCCCCUAUCAAGUUAAGGUAAUACUAACGCCAAGCAUGUUUAAGUUCGAAAAUAAAGUCUAAGCAAAAUGGUUUAAGAGUUCAUAA